CUGGCUGUUGCAAAGUUAACCAACCCAAAUACUGUUCAAUUAAGGGAUGAUAAAACUGCUAUCGUCCAAACUGUGUGUUUACGUCCGUGAUGACAAUCUUUAUAUCUUGUUUAGGACACUGAAAUUCUACGUAUAAAACCUAAAAUCGCGCCAGAUUAGACGCCCAUUAGAAUCAAUCGCUUACGCCAAACCUUGUCAUAGAAUCACACGACCAAAGCUUCCAUCGGAGUCAUAUAUGUGUUGACCAAAAAACAACAACAAAAAUCGAAACGCGAUUUUAAAUAUCAUAGACGCUGAAUCAAUUUCUACUCAGGGCUGAUGCACUCUAUUCCAGAAAAACAUGUGGAUUCCAUCUGCCGGACGCCCUCGAAAACCUCUACAUGAAGUAACCAAUAGGCUAGUGCAGAUAGAGAAAGAACUCAUACCCAAGGUAACACCCGCUGAAAACUUUCGUGAAUACUGUCUAAAUACAACGAUUCACGGCCUCAAGUACGUUGGUACCGUAAGCUUAGCAACAGUAGAAAGGUAUCCGGCAGAAUGUGGCCAUAAAAGCACCUCCUUUGUUACUCACGCACAUUUCAGAACUUUUUUCGCUGUCUCGUUCGUUAUGGUAUCGAUUCUGUCGAUCUACUUCAUCACCAACGUGUACCAAAAGUGGCAAUCGACACCAAUAAUAAUCGGAAUGAACCCAAUUGCAACCCACAUUCGGGAUAUUCCUUUCCCGGCAGUUACGAUCUGCAACAUGAACCAAGCCCGACGCACAGCUGCCAUAAAAAUCGCCCCAAACAGCGCGGAGCAGAUGGUGCUGGACAGUAUUUGUUCGCUAGACAGUGACGUCAACAUGACCCGCUUCGAGGGUAAGUGGUCUAGCGUCCGACAGUUGCUGCUGAGCGCUACCCAACCCUGUGAUAAGAUGAUCCAAGCUUGUCGUUACGCGCAGAAGGUUGAAAAGUGUAGCCACAUGUUUCAACCCGUGUUAACCGAUGAAGGCCUGUGCUGUACCUUUAACAGCGUCGAUUCUUCCUACAUGAUGCUGCAUGGAGAUGAAACUUCCAAACAUGAAAAAGAUGUAGAUAACCCAUUCGUACCGAUCGAAUGGACACCGGAAGGUGGCUAUGUAGGUGAGUUGACAAACAAAAGCUAUCCCCGAGCGAUUGCUGGCACUGGUGCUCACAUGGGAUUAACCGUCAUUUUGGAUGCCAACGUAAGCGACUAUUUUUGCUCGUCAACAAGUUCCUAUGGAUUCAAGCUAUUGUUGCACAAUCCAACCGAAACGCCUAAAAUGGCCGAAUAUGCUCAGUACAUUGAUGUUGGCUCGGAGAACCGCAUUAUUGUAAAUCCGAAGCUCAGUGACGCCUCUUAUCUUAUCCGUAAGGUCUCGCAACUACAAAGACAGUGUGUCUUCGCGAAUGAAGCCAAUCUGUCCUACUACCGGACCUAUUCGCGCAACAAUUGCGAAAUGGAAUGCGAAGCUCGACUGAUUCAGGAAAACUGUGGCUGCGUUCUUUACUACAUGCCUAAGGUUCAGGAGGAUGCGAAAAUUUGCAGCAAAGCGGAUGCCAGUUGCUACGAAGAAAUCAAAAUGUCGAUAGCUUUCACAGCAAACACCAGCCUUAUGUGCAGCUGUUUACCGGGGUGUUUUGAAAUCAGCUAUUCCACCGACAUAUCCACGGCGCAGCUGUGCGUUGGCAAGUUUAAAAUCCGUGAAAAGUUGCUAACCUACAAUAAUACAUAUGCACAAGAGAACAUCGCUCUGAUAUACAUUUUUUUCUCGGAGACGUAUUUCCGAAGUUUGAUUAAGGGUGAACUGGUUGGCUUUACGGAUUUCCUCUCAAACAUCGGCGGUUUACUUGGUCUUUUUAUGGGUUUUUCGUUGAUAUCACUAGCAGAAGUAAUCUACUUCCUGACUCUAAGACCACUGUUUGCCAAACGGCGCGAAAAGGAAGAAGACAGGAACCGCGACCGAGAAUUCAAUUUGUUCUACAAUAAUACCUUUCAGAAUUUUCAACUACCAAAACGACACGUCCAGUUUGCGGAUGAGAUUAACCCGGUGCAAAAUUUACCAACGCAAAUCAAACUGUUUGUCGCUGCACGUGUGCAUCAAAUUACCGAUUGGUUUGGUAGUAAUCUACGACUGCGUAAACUGUUCACUAGCAGAAGCAAUAAUUCUACUUUUCCGUUUUAUGAAUAAUUCUUAACUCUACUGCAAAAAAAGGCUCACAAUUCCAACCCUUUAUUGUCAGAACAAAAGAUAUUUAUAGUUUAUUGCAUCAGUUAUAACACGUGUUAGCACCAGUAUUUGAGCAACAUUUUGCAUGCCUCUAACCCACAAAUAG